GUGCAGGCAGGGUGAAGAGGGUGGAGAUUAGAGUGAUUUGUAAGACAAGGUUAGCAAUAACAGUAACAGAGAAAUGUAAACUGCUAUGAUGUAUGUUUGGAUGUGUUGUCAUUGAUAAAAAGGCAGGAGGCUGAGCUGAAGAUGUUAAGAUUUUAAUUGGGAGUGACCAUAACGGAGAGAAUUACGAGGCUGAAAUAGUUAGGACAUGCGCAGUUUUUUGUUUUAGAAAAAAGGCAGCACUGAAUGGUGGCAGUUACUGAACUGCAUCUAUGACCUGUGUUUACGAUGACUGUAUCGAGGCUACGUCUUGACGUCAUUACAUUUCGUGCACGCGAGUAUCGACUUUUCAAUGCGGAAGUAUCCUCCUCGGCUCUGAGAAGGGAGCGUUCAGAGAUACGAAAACACGAAAAGAAGUCAGCUUGAAACCUCGUUUUCGUGUUUACAGUCUACGCGUGUGGCUGAUUUCUUAAGUAGAGUGUUUAAAAAAUAGUUUACUCGCGUGGUGUUACGUUCGCUUUGAUUACUGGUCAAGUGAUCCGCCGUUAUGGCUGCCAACAACAAUUUACAGAAAGCCAUCGAUCUUGCCAGCAAGGCGGCUCAGGAGGAUAAAGCCCAGAACUACGAGGAGGCUUUACGCCUAUACCAGGCUGCUGUUCAGUACUUCCUUCAUGUGGUGAAAUAUGAAGCCCAGGGUGACAAAGCAAAACAGAGCAUCCGGGCAAAAUGUGCAGAAUACUUGGACAGAGCAGAAAAGCUGAAAGAGUAUCUCAAGAAGAAAGAUAAGGCCCCUGCUAAGCCUGUCAAAGAGUCGCAAUCUGAUGACAAAGGAAAUGAAAGUGACGAGGGUGAUGAUCCAGAGAAAAAGAAGUUCCAAAAUCAACUCUCAGGUGCAAUUGUUAUGGAGAAACCAAAUGUUAAAUGGAAUGAUGUUGCUGGUUUAGAAGGAGCCAAGGAGGCGCUGAAAGAAGCCGUUAUACUUCCAAUCAAAUUCCCCCACCUUUUCACAGGAAAGCGAACUCCAUGGAGGGGGAUCUUGCUCUUCGGCCCUCCAGGUACUGGAAAGUCUUACCUGGCUAAAGCAGUCGCCACAGAGGCAAACAACUCAACCUUCUUCUCAAUCUCCUCAUCGGACCUCGUCUCAAAGUGGCUAGGAGAAAGUGAAAAGUUGGUGAAAAACCUUUUCAGUCUCGCAAGAGAGCAUAAACCUUCUAUCAUCUUUAUUGAUGAGAUUGACUCGCUGUGCGGGUCCAGAAGUGAGAAUGAGAGUGAAGCUGCUCGCCGUAUUAAGACAGAGUUUCUGGUUCAGAUGCAAGGAGUUGGAAAUGACAACGAAGGCAUCCUGGUUCUUGGUGCAACAAACAUUCCGUGGACUCUAGACUCAGCCAUCAGAAGGAGAUUUGAGAAGAGGAUCUAUAUCCCACUGCCUGAAGAGCACGCCCGCGCCUUCAUGUUCAAGCUCCAUCUGGGCUCCACCCCCAACAGUCUCAAUGAAACUGACUUUAACACUCUGGGCAAGAAGACGGACGGAUACUCAGGAGCAGAUAUCAGCAUUAUUGUCAGAGACGCUCUAAUGCAGCCUGUUCGAAAGGUCCAGUCAGCAACCCACUUCAAACGGGUACGAGGUCCAUCAAGAGAUGACCCCAAAGUUACUAUAGAUGACCUCCUGACUCCUUGCUCACCGGGUGAUCCUAACGCAAUUGAAAUGACAUGGAUGGAAGUCCCUGGGGAGAAGCUGCUGGAACCUGUGGUAUCCAUGGCUGAUAUGUUGAGGUCUCUGUCCAAUACGAAGCCAACAGUUAAUGAACAAGACCUGGAGAAACUGAAAAAAUUCACAGAGGACUUUGGACAGGAAGGCUAGGUUGGGUGAUUGAGCCAAACCAAGCCAAACCAAAGCAAAGGAAUUGUAAUUGUGUGUCUUUACUGUUCUUGUCCCUUUCCCCCUCCACCAAUCUUUCUUUCUCAUCCUAACCAUUCACAUGACCGCGAGGGUUAGUCAACUGGGUGAGAUUACUAUAUGUUUUGCCAGUCUUAUAACCACACUAAGGGUGCAAGACUCUGUUUUAUUUGUUAUUCACUAUUUUCCAAAGAAGAUUAAAGAUUUCCCACCUACAUCUGACUUGACUAAAGAAUCAACACAACUCUGGAAGAUAAUUUAACUUGUUCAUUAAAGUUUUCGAUGAGCAAAAUAGUCAUGCAAAUUAGAGAAACUAACUGCAGUUAUUCUAAGUAAGACUUGAAAACAAAAUCAUUUAUUUUAAGGAAAGUCUUUCUCUUGUACACCUCAGAAGAAAAGGACUUAGUCUCUAUUUUUUAAAUAAGAAACAAGCAUUUUAUAGGCUAUGUGGUACUUUGAGGAACAUAUAUAUGAGUUCAAAGAAUAUUUUGUGGCAUUGUUGGUGUCAUUGGCUCCCAGUGGUGGAUACAAUUUAGAGAAAAAGAUACUCAGAACGAGCACUUCAUUAGCCUCUGUGACAGUUUUGGAUUGUUUAUCCACUUUCAACAUAAAUGAUGAUUAUGUUUAUUCAUUUGAAAUAAACAUGGCUUUUAGGGUGGAUCAGUAGUGGUGCCAGACCAGCAUUACUUUCAUUUCUCAAGAACUUGGUAGCUUUGAAUUGCUUUGUCUCACAGCUUGUUUUUUUUGUUUGUUUGUUUAGGUUUUUUUUUUUUUUUAAUACCUGUUGUACAUAUUUUUUAUUUCUGUCCACAGGAUUCACUAAUUAUCUGUAACAGGAACCGAAAAACAGCCUUAUAUUAUGACAGCUUUAGCACCUCACAGCUAAUAAGCCACGUGAAAUGUUGAAGUCUCAUACUGAUGGCUCAAACGGAGAAAUCUUGUGUACUUGACAACAUAGAAUGCAUUUCCAACCAUGAACUUUAAAUAGCCAUAAGUGGUAGUGUGCACCGUGUGCCUUCUACAAAAGUUGCAAGGGCCUUUUUUGUUCCAACUGAAUGGUCAUUUCUAUUGGUUUAUUUCUAAAUUUCUUAGUCCUACUGCUAAUGUAUCAAGUGAAUUGUCACUACAACUAAGAAAUGUAUAUUACUUGUACAUUUCGUGUAAGUUCUUUUAGAGACUAUAUACAACCUUAGUCUGUUUCCCUUCAGAAGUGCAAACUGGUUUUUGAUGCGGAAUAUCUUCAUUUUACUGUAAAUGUAUAAAUAUAUAUAUAGCCAACUCUCAAGCCUUUUCUUUGUGAAGAGGUUAUCAGUGCAUAUGAUUUUCUGUUUUUCAUUUCGACAGUGUAAAUAAAAGGUAAAGCAACAAA